AUGGCGAUCCAAGGUCAUCCCGACGAAGAUGGUGUGGUGGAAGGCAUGCCCAACACCUUUGAUGAUUUGACCCACGCAGAACUCAAUUCCAGGAUUCCAGAUGCGUCCACGGCAAUGGAAAACCAUCUGUGGUCCGCCAUGUGCAACCCCAAACCCCCAUCCUACGAACUGUGCACAGCAAAAAAGCGUGGAGGAAAGCUUGCCAGUCCAGGGUUACCCAAGCCCACUCAGGGGUCCCGCGCUGGAGAGCUGGAGAACCAAGCGGCAUUCCGAGCCCGCGCUACGCUGGCUGUCACCCACCGCCCCCAGCGGGCCAAGCCGUCUGCGAAGCUCGAUUGGACGCCAUCCCGGCGCUGGAGGAGUAAGGUGUAA